AUGUGGACGUCAACGAGAUUAAAACGUUUUUAUGCUGAUGGGUAUUGUUCACAAGCAUCAAAUCCAAAUGUAUUGGAGCACAGACGAAUUAUAUGCAACACUGAUUUUCAACGAAACAAUGUAAAACAGAGAUGUGCAUCGGUCUAUGAGCCAGGCUGUGACCUAUCUAUUGAUGAGUCCCUUCUUCUUUUCAAAGGCAGGCUUCUGUUCAAACGAUCGCGAUUUGGUGUAAAAUUCUAUGAAAUCUGCACAUCGUCUGGAAUUAUGUUGGAUUUUCUAAUCUACUGCGGUAAACAAAUUGAGGGAAACGCAGACCUAAGUGCUACAGAAAGAAUCGUUGACACACUUAUUCAACCAUUUCUUGUCAAAGGGCGCACUUUGUUUAUUGAUAACUACUACACAUCUCCGUUCCUUGUAGACCACUUGCUAAAAAGAAACAUGUAUACCGUAGGUACGGUACAAACAAAGCAGAAGAACUUUCCAGAAGAGCUUGCUGAGCACAGAAUAGAGAAAAGCGAAGCAUUAUUUUAUGCUGAAAAGUCUUGCAAUAUACUAGCCUGUAAAUUCCGUGGGAAGAAAGAUAAGGCAAAUGGCAAGCCGAUGAUUGUACAUAUGCUGUCGUCGAAGCAUACAUAUGGUAUUGAAUCCUCCGGGAAAAAGGACAGGGAUAACAAUGACACAAUAAAGCCAACUAAUUUUGAAUUAUAA